AUGGGGGUCGAGACUCGCAGACCGAUGUUGCCUGCCCCCACAGAGUCGCUCGUCGAUACAACUAUCACCACCACCACCACCACCACCACUGGCGGCAGCGUGACAGGCACUGAUCUCGCAACUGACCUUUCUCGCCGCACAGACAAGUCCACGUACUCGAUCCCUGACGACGGGACCCCAGUCACCAUCCCGACCCGACGCAAACACCGGGACCGGGACGAUCCCGCCAAGCUGUCUCGCUCAUCGCACCACUCGCAGACCUCCCUCCUGAUCGAGUACUUCGAAGGAGGGAAAGGUUCUACCUCGAUCAGCUCGCGGCCCAGCGUUCGUGUGCGCGUCACCCCGUCGUCGGCGAGGAAGCUGCGUGACAAGAAGGACCGCAUCCAGAUCACCGAGUCCAGCAGUGGCCGCAAGCCCGCCUUCACCCGACGCAUUUCGCUCGGUUCGCCAUCUAAGCACAAGAACCGUGCCGAUACGGGCGCCACUGACGACCAGAGUAUCAGCUCCUCCAAUUCCGCCGGCGAAGAUGGUCACCAUCCUGUAGAGAUCGAGUUCCUCAACCGGGACCACACGAGCGAGCUCUCCUCGCGCUACGUCCCCGCCACCUCGGACAUCUCGUCUAUGCCCGCGGAUAGCAUGCUGGAUGCCGCCUCGUCCUCCUUUCUUCGACGCAAACGCAGCCAGAGCAUAGAACGUGAGGAAUCGUCCAAGGACCUACUCAAGACCCCGUCCCGCCAGCGUAGCCGCAGCCUGAGUACCGAACGGAUCGCCCACCGCGUCGCCGAGAAGCUUAGCUAUUCCCCCAACGAGAUGGGGGCGGGCAAGCACCAGCGCUCUUCGGAGAGGAGUCUUGCCAGUCGCACGGACCUGCUGGACGUCGACGGCCCGAAAUCUUCCUCCUCCUACGUCGCCAGGCGGCGCCCUCGUGGCGGCGCUGAGGACCUCACCAGCGCGGAGUCCAGCCUGCUGAGCGGCUCCGCUGUCUCCUCCAACCACCGUUCUCUGGGCGACCAGUAUUCCGUCCGUUCUGGCGCCUCCAAGUCCUCCAUCAAUAAUCCCAAACUGCUGGAGACCGUCGAGGACGCCAUCCGGAGGCUGAUUCUCCCCGAGCUCAAGGAGCUCAAGAAAGAUCAGAAGGUCAUGUCCAACACCUCCAAGUUUGAGCGGGAGAUCGCCUCAUCAGCCUCCGCCAGCACCACCUCCCGCGAUGAGCUGGGUCGCCGUCUCUCCAAACACGCCAGUGCCCCGAACGUCAUGAAGCCAAAGCUAGUCCUGAACAAGGGAAGCAAAGACGAGGGCAUCGCGCUCGACGGUGAGACCAAUGAUUCCAUCAAGAAGAUUGAUCACGCCUCGGAACUCGCCCCCUCCUCUGUCACAUCCAGUAAGAAGGCCGCCUUCGUCACCUGGUCCAACAAGCCCGAACUUUCCGAGCAAGACAAGCUCCGCCGACAGAGGAGCAAGGGCCUGCGGGAUGCAGAGGCCGCCGCCCGUGUGGGCUCAGCCCUGACCGCGGCCGCCCUGAAACAUCACGACUCCAGAUCCAGUCUGGCCAGCAGCACUGCCAGUAGUGGUCGCCGCCGACAACGCAGCGAUCGUGGCAGCGGCGGCGGCGGCGGCGGCGUCGGCAUCAAUGAGACCGAGCUAGUAUUUGAGAAGCACAAUGUCGCCCCUAUGCCGUUCCGAAGUGCCAUCGAAUCCGACAUGACACGAGACUCCAUCCUUUCCCAAAAUACGGCGGAAGAUGCGGAUGAAGACGACGAAGAGGAGCUUCCCCAGUACCGCGAUGUUGCCCCUAUCCAACCCCUACGAGUUCUGUCGCCCGCCUCCCGCACCCCGACUCGCACCCCGCUGGAUUCUCGGUACGAACUGGGUAUCCGUCACAACAAUAUGUCGAGCCAUAACCUGUCCAUCCACAGUGGGUCCCACCGCGAUUUCCGGCAAGGCAGUGAAGAGAACCUGGGUGCCGAUGAGAUUGCCGCAGCCGCGGCGGCCAACCUGCUAGGUGGACAUCUGGACCAUCAUCACGAUGAUGAUGAUGAUGAUGAAGAGAUCGAUGACAUGGGUGACCACACGGCCGGUGGGAUGGACGAACGAGCCUUCAGCCCGGUCCAGAGCGUGGCCAGCGACCGCACCGAAACAAAUCCUCACGCAGUCCAUGAACGAGAGCUCGAGCCGCGGCUGUCUAUUGAUUCCCUCUCGUCUGCCCCGAGCACCGAUCUGGCGAGAUCCAUUCGAGCGGAGAAGCUCAGUCUGGAGAGUCGAAGUGGCAUCCUGAGACACCACGAUGAAACUGGUCCCGAACUCGGCUACGAGGACUCGGACCUAGAUACAGAAGAGGAAGAUGACUACCACCGCCGCUCCCUUAUCGGGGAGUCAAGCUUGGACCCCAAGGUAGAUGAGAGUGAAGUUGACUACAUGGCCAAGGCGCAACAGGCUCAACGAGUGGCGGACGUGAUGAACGCAAACCCGCAGUUUGUGCACCCGCUGGCCGUAGAAUCGGCGGUCGCUUCCAUCCUUGACCCAUCUGUGCUCGAUUCCAACAAGUCCAUGCAGUCUGGCAACCGCUCUAAUCUGGACUCAGGUGAUCGCAAUAGCCCGAGGGCCACGGGGACCCCGCUCUUGGCUCGGGAGCCCGUGGACUCACGGCGCGGUAGUCCACUGAAGCAACGCCAGGAUGUCUCGGAUGUCUCACACCUGGACGAAACGUCCUUCCCCCGUCGGAUGGGUGCGACUUCUCCACCUCAAAGUGUGGCGCAAUCGUUCGAUGACCAGGAGGGACUCGAUCCAACGGCGAUGAUUUCCUCCGGCGUUCAUGAUCGUGAAGAAACGGAGAGCCCGAAUCAAGAGGUGGAAGAAUAUGAAGACAGUCUAGCUUCUGAAUCGGAGAUCAACACCAAUCCUUCCAUCAUCCAAGGUCCGAUUGGCAGUAUGCCACACGAGAGUCAUGAUCACUGGUCGUAUAACGAUCCGUCUCCUAUCAAAGCAGACCAUGCAGUCCUGUCCGAUGCUGCUGCUGCUGCUGCUGCUGCUGCUGCAGGUGCCGCUGCGGGAGCUGCUGCGGGUGACCACAUGGACUACUCGCCAGAAUACUAUCACACCGCCCCUGCAGACGCAUAUGGGCAAUCCAAAGACUACUUUGGGCAGUCUCCUGCUGAUCCCUACAUGAGCGGACGCAUGUACGGUACCCCCUUGGGAGCCAAGGAUGAAGGCUACGUCUCCGCCGCCAACCCGCUGUCUCCCAGCAUCAGCACCCCCAAGCCUACUGGGAAGGGCAUGGAUGCAGGCCCUAACCCGGUGGCCCUGUUUGAUAGUCCGACUGGUGCGGAUGAUCCCUUUAUGCCCUCACAUCAGAGGAACCUGAGUGGCUACUCCCAUGGCAUUGCGUCGCCAUUGUACGAUAGUGCAACUGGAAGGGGUAUUGAACGGAUUCAGUCUCAGGAUAUCAUCGCGCUCAUGGAGCAUCUUACUGUCCGUGACGCUCAACGGAACGCAAGAGAUACUGAGAUCCUGGUGACACUGGUACGGAGUGCGGCGGAGAUGCGCAAUUCGUUCGAGGAGAUGAAGAAGUUCAUCGCCCAGCAGGAUGAAUUGCUCAUGGAUGCGAGCGACAAGCAGCACGAACGAACGCAGAAGGUGGUCGGCGGCCCUCGCCCGCAGCCGUUCAGCGUAUCGCGAUCCUCCAACAACAACCGUCAGAUGCCCGCCGACGAUCGCGAGAAGCGCAAGAACAUCUUCAAGCGGGCUCUCAAGGGGCUGACUCUCAAGUCGUCCAACGAUAUCAACAAGAUUGAGGAGAUGCUGGAGCAGCUGCUCGAGGAGGUCGAGGCCCUGCGCGCCACCCAGAGCCAUCAUCUUGGCAUGGCUCGUGGCGAACGGGCCAACAGCGUUGACCAGGAUGGCUACGAGCCGGAGGGUCAGGCCGGCACUUCUUCCCCCGGCAACCAAUCCGGCUAUCUGUCCAACUCGUCACGUCCCAUCUACGAGCCUCGUGGGGCUGCUCUACGAAAGGACACGGAGGCUGCUCGCGUGAGCACCGUGCCCGAGGCCGACGAGGACCUAGACCUCGAUGCACGGGGCGAGUUUCUGAGCCCUCACCUGCAACAGAGGGAACAGCAGCCCAUGCCGCAGUACCAGCCCCUCGUCGCUACUCCGCCGCGGGUGCCCAUGGUUAGCGGUGCGUUGAGCAACGACACGACUCCUCAAACCACCGCCACCACCACCGACAAGGCCCGCAAGCACAAAUCGAGCAGCUCGUCGUUCUUCCCCAAGAUCUCGCGCUGGUCCCGCACGACGGCCUCGUCGACCGGCGACACUGUCCGCCAGAGUUUCCAGCCGCUGCCGGCCCAGCAGCACCAGGUUGGUCGCAAGGAACGAGCCUCGUUUGACGCGUCGCGCUCCGGCUCCGACCUCGCUCAGUACAAGGCGACAGACUUUUAUGAUCCGCAGGGCGAUGACCGGCUGCGCUCAAACCAUACCGUCGACGACCAGCAGGAGAAUCGCCCUCCCUCCCCGCUCGUGCCAUCCCAGCUGUCCGACGCACCCAAGUACCGCGCCCACCGCGACAGCCUGGACCUGCAGCACCCGCAGCCCCGACAAGGCCCGUCCGGACGGUACCAGACGCAGCUCGAGUCCCAGGCACAGGACUACUCGCCUAUUUCCCCGCAUUCCGAGCAGUGGGGAUCCAACACCAGCUUGCCUCAGCAGUACCAACACCACAAUCGGUACAGCGGCGGCGGCGGGACCGGCGCACGUCUCUCCCCAAUCUCCGACGCAGGCUAUUCCGAUGCCACCUCUCGUUCGGGCCGCCAGUCGCACUCGUCGGCUCCCCCGAGACCUCCCAAGAUCAAGGAUGACGGCCCGCUCUUUCCGGAACGCUCAACCAAGGGCCAGUCCGUCGACGGUGACCGUAGCUAUGCGGACCGUGCCGCCUCUAUUGCCUCUAGGGUAUGGCCUUUCUUUCGUUUUACUUUUUCUUUUCUGUCUUGUUGCUAA